CAGACCAACCACAACAACCAGGGCCCACUUAACACCUAAUACGAUACAUUCAAAAAAAGAGAGGAAUCCCUUGGUUUUAAUUAAACAACCCUCUACAACUUUUUUCUUUCCCUUUCCUCCCCACUCACGAUUAAAAAGAGAAACGCGCUUCGUCAUGACUGACAGUGGCUAUUUCGGCAUGUCCUCGUCCAGGUCGUCGGUGUUAUCGUCGACUUCUUCGCCUGGAAAGAAGUUCCUCCGUCGUAAUUCAGCCCCAAGUGUCGAAGCGCUUAACGACAGCUACUUUGACACGCCCUCCGUUUCGACUGAUCGCACGUCAUUGUUUGGGAGCACCACACUUUCACCUUCGUCGUCGGUAUGCCCUUCGCCCACUACAUCGACGAAAAUUGCACGCACUCAACAGCAUCGUUUGAAUGCGGCUCAGGAACAACGAAUGUACCACGAUAGCUGCCAACGACUCUUGGGACACAUUACCUCUGUCAUGGGUAUCUGUGAAGACCUUCAGUUGUCCAACAAGGAGCACUUUCCUAUCCGUUACCCAGCAUCCAUGAUUAAACAACGCUCUAAUGACCGUCCUAUGCCCCAACGUUCACAGACGAUGAUGGUUCCACCUCAGCAUCGAUUGUUGACCAGCGAUAUUGCCAAAGAACUCAGUAUUCUCAAUCUGGAUUUGAAGAUGGGUCACGCCUCGACGGAUUUGACAGCGCUCGAGACGCAGUCGAUUGCAAACUUACUGGAUGACCGGCUUCAGCAAUGCUUACGCCACCUUGACAAUCUUCGCACCCGCGUUGCCGAUACCUCAUCCAAGGUGCUUGUCACUGGCGAUUUGAAUGCCGGUAAAAGUACCUUUGUGAACGCACUGUUGAAACGUGAAAUCUUGCCCGCCGAUCAGCAACCGUGCACGAGCAUGUUUUGCGAAGUUCUGGAUGCCAUGCUGAACGACGGAGUAGAAGCCAUCCACGCCAUUCCCGAUGCCAACAAGUACAACCGCUUGGACCCCAGCACUUACCACGAGGUGGAGAUGCGACACAUGUUCAAGGUCGUUGCCGACGAAGGCGACAAGUACAAGAUGCUCAAAAUCUAUACCAGCGAUGCUCGCACCACACAAGAAAGUCUGCUCCAUAACGGCGUUGUCGAUAUUGCUCUGAUCGACUCGCCUGGUUUAAACACGGACUCAAUCAAGACCACUGCUGUGUUUGCACGCCAGGAGGAGAUUGAUGUCGUUGUAUUUGUGGUCAGCGCUGAGAAUCAUUUCACUUUGUCGGGCAAGGAAUUCCUGUGGAACGCAGCAAAUGAAAAGACCCACAUCUUCAUUGUUGUGAACCGAUUUGACUCGAUCCGUGACAAGGAGCGCUGCAAACGCUUGAUUCUUGACCAGAUCCGUCAACUGUCCCCUGCCACCUAUGCGGAUGCCGAUGAUUUAGUUCACUUUGUCAGCGCAGGCGAUGUCGACUUGCAGCCUGGCGGAUCGAGCAAGCUGGAUGCUCCCGAAUUUGCCCGAUUGGAGCAACGUCUUCGUGCCUUUGUCCUUGAGAACCGUACCAAAUCCAAACUUUCGCCUGCCAAGCACUAUCUCGUCAACUUGCUUGGUGAUGUCAAUGCCUUGGCUGAGGCCAACAAGACCCUUGCUCAAGAAGAACACGAACAAGCCCAGUUCGAGCUCGAGAAGGAUCUGCCUGCCUACCAAGGUCUUUUGAAGGUGCGCGACCGUUUGCUCCAUCACGUCGAGCGUGUUGCUGAAAUGACAGUCUUGGGUAUUCAAAAGCAUACGCGUGAUGCUCUCAACACUGCCGUCGAAGGCAUUUCAUCCACAGCCGAUUCGAUCGAGUACCCCGGUGUCUUUUUGGUUUGGCAAUACGCACAGGAUAUUGCUGACUCGCUAUCCCAAGCCUUGCUCAAGCAGGUCCGUCAAGCCGAAGACGAAGCACGCGAAAGCACAAGCCAAUGCAUUGAUCGUGUGCAUGAUAUGGGCACUGAACAUCUCGGCAACUACCCACGCGCUGCUAACGUUGACAAGAUGUGUCUCAAGCGCCGCGAUCGUCGUGUUCAAAUCGCCGUCGAGGCGACCGACUUUUUCGACUUUUCUCUCGCACUAGAUGAUAAAAUGUCAGGCUGUGCCUUAUCAUUGGGUGCCGUUGCCAUGGUCGGCGGCCGGUUGAUGGGCAUCAAGGAUGCGCUGUCCAACUUUUGGAGCGUAUCGAACGCUGUGGGCCAUCGCAACAUGCGUCAGAUUGCCGUGCCUGUAGUAGGCAUUGCCAGUGUUGGUAUGCUUGUCUACGUCAUCUCCGACAUGCGCUAUGCUGUCAAGCGCAAGUUGAUCCGCAAGUUUACCGAAGCUGUCCGUGAACAGGCUUAUGUUGAAGGCCAGAGCAGCCGUAUUGGCCGUGAGGCUCGCAAGGUGAUGCGCGUCGAAGGGUGGGAGAUCCAGAACAGACUCGUCCGUGCUAUUGAAAGCAAGGAAAAGAAGCGUGGAGAGAUGGAAGCCAAGGCUGCUCUGUCGCAAGAGACGAUUGUAUACUUUGAUGGUGUGUUCAACAAGUCGGUUUUGCUUCUCGACAAGGUCCAUACCAUCCAAGUGAAUCAGCACAAGGCUGUUUCUGCUUAA